CGCCGGGCAAGAUCCAGCUCCUGGGCGGGGUCUGUGGGAUGUGGGCGGGCACGGUCCCGCAGCUUUUUCCUUCUCGGACUGGGACACAACCAGCUGUGCAGUCGGCAGAGAGGUGGCCAGAGCAAUCCGCGAUGACUUCCAGCUACUCCAGAUUUCUGUGGCUCCUCAAGAUCUCACUCAUGAUCCUAGGACUUGUGGUUCUUCUAUUUAUAUCCAGAAAUGUGCCCUUUCAAGCAGUGCUCAGCAGCUUCAAGCCAGAGUUCCCGAAGCCUGAGCCGGGUGGCUCAGUGAUGAAGCUUCUACCUGAGGAGUACCUGAGGAACCUCUUUACCUACGAAGGCAUCUGGCUGUUUCCUAAAAACCAGUGCGACUGUGACUCCGGCCAGCUGCGAAGAAAAUACAAUUUUCAGGGUGCUUAUAGCCAGAAUGACUUCCCAGCUGUGACUGCCAGGAGACAGGCGGAAUUUGAGCACUUUCAGAGGAGAAAAGGGCUGCCCCGCCCACCACCUCUGCUGGCUCCACCCAAUCUCCCCUUUGGAUACCCAGUCCAUGGAGUGGAGGUGAUUCCCCUGCACACAAUUCUCAUCCCAGGCCUCCAGUAUGAAGGGCCGGAUGCCCCAGUCUAUGAGGUCACCCUGAGAGCGUCUCUGGGAACACUAAACACCCUUGCUGAUGUCCCAGACAGUGUGGUGCAGGGCAGAGGCCAGAAGCAGCUGACCAUUUCCACCAGUGACCAGAAGCUCCUGAAUUUCAUCCUUCAGCAUGUGACAUACACCAGCAAGGUGUACCAGCUUCACAAGGUGGACAUGGUGAGUUUGGAGUCCAAGUCCUCAGUGGCCAAGUUUCCAGUGACCAUCAACCAACCUAUUGUACCCAAGUUGUAUGACCCUGGACCUGAGAGGAAGCUCAGGAACCUGGUGACCAUUGCCACCAAGACUUUCCUCCGUCCCCACAAGCUUAAGAUCCUGCUGCAGAGUAUUCGAAAAUAUUACCCAGACUUAACUGUGAUUGUGGCCGAUGACAGCAAGGAGCCCCUGGAAAUUAAAGAUGACUAUGUGGAGUAUUACUCCAUGCCCUUCGGGAAGGGCUGGUUUGCUGGUAGGAACCUGGCCAUCUCACAGGUGAACACUAAAUAUGUCCUCUGGGUGGAUGAUGACUUUCUCUUCGACAACAAAACCAAGAUUGAGGUACUGGUGGAUGUCCUGGAGAAAACGGAACUGGAUGUGGUUGGUGGCAGCGUGCAGGGAAAUGCGUUCCAGUUCAGGCUGUUGUUGGAGCACAGCGAGAAGGGGGGCUGUCUUCACCAGAGGUGGGGAGGGUUCCGGGCCCUCGAUGGCUUCCCCAGAUGCGUGGUGACCAGCGGUGUCAUCAACUUCUUCUUGGCUCACACAGAACAACUCCGGAGAGUUGGUUUUGAUCCCCGCCUACAGCGAGUGGCUCACUCAGAGUUCUUUGUUGAUGGGCUGGGGAGCCUGUUGGUGGGCUCGUGCCCAGAGGUGACUGUACAGCACCAGCCACGGGAACCACAGAAGGAUCCGGACAUGGCUGCCAUGGAGAAGUCUUAUAACACAUACCGGACCAACACCAAUGCUCAGGUCCAAUUCAAGCUAGCUCUCCACUACUUCAAGAACUAUCUGCAGUGCUCCACUUAGAAGUUCGAGGAACAGGAAACCCAAUAAACAAAGCAGAUUGGCUGUGGGCAGCACAACUAGUAGGACUGACCAUUAGGGAUACCAAAGACAGACUCCUCCAACGAGAGGCGGAGGGGGCAAACCGGCUGGUAGCUGGAGCAAGGGCUAUGGGUAGCUCAGGUACUGAGUUAUUCAGCUAGAAGACGUUAAAAACGGGCUACUGUGGAACAAUCUUUGAACACUGUAAAUAUGUAUUGCUUUCGUUGUUAAUAAAAAGCUGAUUGGCUGAUA